CACUUUCUCUACGAGCGCCCCCCAUCUCACCCACCCAAAAUUAAAAUCCUCCCGGAAAUCAGAGACGCGAAUCCCUCGCCCCAGGCCCCGAAACCUCCGAGUUCUCUCGCCAAUUCGAUCCGCCUCACCGCCGCCGCCCGUCCGCCGGUCGGCCUUGACUGCUCCGUUGCACGUGGCGGUUCGCAGCGCGGAAUCUACCUUGUGUUGAGAGAUCCGGGGAAACCCUUGUUCCCGGUCGUUCCGGCUCGAAUCUUCUGCGGACUGGCAAUGUAAGCGUUCUCCAUCGGAGGGCGACGAUCUACGGGGCGGUUGUUGGCGGGGUCGCGGGAAUGGAGCACGUGUUCGGAGGGAAGUUUAAGCUUGGGAAGAAGAUCGGGAGCGGAUCUUUCGGCGAGCUCUAUCUCGGCGUCAACAUACAGAGCGGCGAGGAGGUGGCUAUCAAGUUGGAAUCUGUAAAAUCAAGGCAUCCUCAGCUUCAUUAUGAGUCGAAACUAUACAUGCUUCUCCAAGGGGGAACUGGAAUUCCUCAUUUGAAAUGGUUUGGGGUGGAUGGGGAGUACAAUGUCAUGGUCAUUGAUCUUCUUGGUCCAAGUCUGGAAGACGUAUUCAACCAGUGCAACAGAAAGUUUUCCCUUAAAACAGUACUUAUGCUAGCUGAUCAGAUGAUAACUAGGGUAGAGUACAUGCACACGAGGGGGUUCCUUCAUCGUGAUAUCAAGCCAGACAAUUUCCUUGUGGGCUUAGGUCGUAAAGCAAAUCAGGUUUAUAUCAUUGACUAUGGCCUUGCGAAGAAGUAUCGGGACCUCCAAACUCAUAAACACAUUCCAUACAGGGAGAACAAAAACCUCACAGGAACUGCACGAUAUGCUAGUGUAAACACCCAUCUUGGAGUAGAACAAAGCAGAAGAGAUGACUUAGAGUCUCUUGGUUAUGUGCUGAUGUACUUCUUAAGAGGAAGCCUUCCUUGGCAAGGCCUGAAAGCUGGAACAAAAAAACAAAAGUAUGACAAAAUUAGUGAGAAGAAAAUGCUAACCUCAAUUGAGGCCCUUUGUAAAUCUUAUCCAUCAGAAUUCAUUACGUACUUCCAUUAUUGUCGCUCUUUGCGUUUUGAAGAUAAGCCAGACUAUAGCUAUUUGAAGAAAAAUUUCCGGGAUUUAUUCAUCCGUGAAGGUUACCAGCUUGAUUAUGUAUUUGAUUGGACUGUGUCAAGGCAAGCUGUGGACAAUAACAGAUUGCGACUGAGCGGGAAGACAGGUGGCUUGGUGGGACCAUCUGUGGAUAGGGCUGAACGAGCUGCAGCAAGACAAGAUGUUCCAGAUAGAUUCACUGGUCAAGCUGGUGCUUUUGCUAGAAGAACCGGCUCUGGUUCUGGUCAAUACGGAGAACACACAAAGCACAGGACUCUGUUGGAUUCACUUAUGGCAUCCAAGAUGGCUGUUGAUUCAGAUAAAAGAAAGCAUUCAUCAUCUCGGAAUGGAAGCACAUCAAGGAAGGCUCUUCUGUCAAGCAGCCGAGGUUCUGGAGAUCCCAGCGACCCAAAUCGCAGUAGCCACCUAGUCCCGACCACCAGCAGCAGCAGCCGUCCAUCAACCAAUCAAAGGCUUCACCAGUCAACUGGACUUGAGGGCAGGACCUCGUCAUUCCCAAAACCUGGAAGAAUCGGCCAGGAUGAUCCCACUAUGAGGAGUUUUGAACGCCUUACUAUCAGCGCAGAGAGGAGGAGAUGAAUCUUUGGAGGUGCAAAAGGUCUGACCAUUGACGAGUAUACUGAUUUCAUUGAAUAUUCAUUCGGUUCCAGAUGAUGCUUACUGAUGAGCAAGUCAAAAGAUUAUGUACUGUGCAUGAUGCUGAGCUCUUCACAUUGCGAUGCUCGUCGAAUCUUGGCACAGAUUUGAGUUCUGUACAUUCGUUUUCCAAACGGUUAGCGAAGCAUUUAGCACCCCGUUAGGGACGUGCAAAAUGAUGAUGAUUAACACUUAUAUAAUGACAAUGAAAUAAAAAUAGCUCGCUAGGCUAGCUUUACCUUU